CGGGCUCCUCUCAGACUUACCGGCUGCAGAUGAAGUUUUCAGUCACACUGCUCGGUGGGACUUUUUUUUUUUAAGGAUUUCACAUUAACCGUCCAGACUCUCUAUCUGCCCACUGACAUGUUGCGAUGUUCCGCGCAGCCUUACAAAACGUGGAUUUGUUUUGGGUAAUUUUGCUGUAUGUUGUUUUUGUGCCGGAGACUGGCUGUGGAUCAGCCGAUGCAGACAGCUGUCAUGAGGUGAAGACAGCUUACAUGAUGCGCCAAAUAGGCCCGGUGGAGCUGGUGCCAGACAGACCGGGGACAGAUGAUUCUCUCCGAGUGUGUGUCCACCCUGGGCCCAGCUGCUGUACUAGUAAGAUGGAGGACAGCUACAUGGCGGCAGUUCGCAGUGAGACUCAGCAGAAGAUGCGAUCCUACAGCUUUGAACUCAAGUACCUGAUUGCUGGACACACCAAGGCUUACCAUGAGACCUUUGAGUCGCUUGUGUCCUUUACAUCUAACCUGACCAGCACUCUGUUUGACAGCGCUUACUCCAGUCUGGCGUCCAACUGUCGCCCCCUUGUGUUUCACCUGUUCAGCGACAUCAAACGCCACCUAUCUGGAGACUCUAAUUCCUCCUUGGACAACGCUGUGAGGCGAUUCUACAAUGAUCUCUUCCCACUGGUCUACCGCCGCCUGCUCAACCCUGGGAUUGGCCACUUGUCAACCCCGUCCUAUUCCUCCCUUUCCACGAAUCACGACGAAUGCCUGCGGCUGACGCGGCAGGAUGUCAGCCCAUUCGGACUUCAUCCUCGCCUUCUUGUCAGCAGCCUAUCCCGGGCGCUCGGGCCCGGUCGAGCGCUGAGCCGACUGUUGCAGCUGGCUGGAGAGGUCGUGAAUGCGACCGAGAAGACAACGUUAUCCAGAGAGUGUGGGCGCGGGUUAGUGAGGAUGCAGUACUGUUCCCACUGCAGAGGCCUCACUCUGAUACGGCCCUGCACUGGACUGUGUGUCAACAUUAUGAGAGGAUGUCUGGUGGGUGUAUCAGAGCUGGGUGCCCCCUGGGGGAGUUUGGUGGUACUGCUCCAACGGUUAGCUGCUACUUUAGCAACCAGCAGCAAUCACAACAGCAUGGAGUUAGCUCUGUUAGCAGUCCGAAACCAUGUGAAUGAUGCCAUACUGCACGCUCAGCUGCAUGGGCCACGCAUCACAGCCACAGUAGAGAAGGUGUGCGGCCCCCAGGCGGCUGGUUCCAUGACGACAAGUACACAACCCACCAUCUUGCACACGACAACACAUGCAGCAUCAGCAACCACAGAGAAGUCAUCUGUGACUUUACCUCCCUCAGUUGAUCCACCCAAUCAUCACCGUUUACAGCUGCAGGCCAGGAGGUCAUUCCCUCUUAAAGGUUCAAGAGGAGACAAGAGUCGAAGCCUGAAAAAACUGUCAAGGGAGUUUCAGGGCUCUAUCCAGCGGUACCAGUGGUUUUUCUCUGAGCUGCCAGAGAUGCUUUGUGAAAGCGAGAUGGAAGUUGAGCAGCACACAUGCUGGAGCGGCCAAGAUGUCGUAGAAAGUUAUGCAGGUCGUGUGGUUGGCAGCACUCUAAAAGCCCAGAAGGAGAAUCCAGAAAUGACCGUCCGUAAUACAGAUCCUGUCCUGAAGGCGGCGAAACAGAAGUUGGAACAGCUAACACAGGAGCUGUUAGUGGAGCUCGGCUGGGCGAGCAAAGCGAGAGGAAGAGGGGAAGAAGAGGAGGGAGGUAGCGCUCAGACGGAUGGAGGCAGCGGAGACGACUGUGAUGAUGAAGAUGGCUGUGAAGCAUCUGGUGAGGAGAGUGGUGAUGAGACCGGUGAUGCACCCAGCGGUCGCAGUCCAGGAACCAAGGACGUGGCUCCUCCUCCUCGACGCCCAGUUCCCCCUCAGCACCUCUCACCUCCCCAGGUGGCUGUUCAUGGCUCGGCCCACACGACGAUGUUUGAACCUUUGACCAUGGUGACCCUGCUGCUCCUACUGCUGUCACCAUGGGAACCACGCUGACCGUGAAGACACAGAUCCAGAGAUGGACAGAGACAGUAAAGGGUGACAGACAGCCACACGCUGUAUGUUAUGUGGCGACGAUGAGUACGUGGAGUUUCUGUGAGCACAGCACAACCGCUCGGGCUGUUUUUUGUUUUGGGUGGUGAAGCUGGUGGGACGAACUGCUGGUUCACCACCGCUGCAGGUGCACAGUAUGCAUUUGUAUUACCUGUACUGACCUCUAUAUGUGUUCAUUUGUAUUUAACUCAGAUAGGAUAGAUUGCACAGCACUACUGACUUUUUUUUUUUGAAGAGAGAUGUAAAUACAAAUAUAUAUAUAUUAUAUAUUUAUAUAAAGAAUUUCUAUAGAUAAAAAAAGGCCUGAUGUGUAAAUAGAGUUUAAUAUAGAACAGAGCAGACUUGGACGUUAAGGGAUGUUUGAUUUGUUUGUUUUGACCUUCAUAAAAGAUGCCUCCCACUGAGAUCAGAGUCCAUGACAGUGAGGGUUCAAGCUGCAGACCUUCACUGUUACCACACCAGUGUACCUACAGUGAAGGAACACUGGUGACGAUUUACUAAUGUGACAGAAAGAGGCUGGAAGAGGACGCUGAAGCACUUUCUUAAAAGGCAAAACAACCAAUUAUGUGAUACUUCAGACACAUUUACAGAUGGUCCUGCAGCAUAAUGAAGACGACCCAUCCAGCCUUUUCUCCCCACACAAACAUGCUCUUUUGCUAAUGCAAGCUGGAUGAUUUUUUUUUUUAAUUUCUUCAACAAGUAUGAUGAGUUUUAAUAGUGCAACACUUUGCUGAAAAACUCUGUGUCCUCUGCAGUUUGUCAUUUCAAGGCAUAUGUGUAUUCUUGGAAAAACUAGGUAAGACUAUUUUCUUCUCAAGAUGUACAGUGUGAAAAAUUGUUAAAGCACUACAGGGAGAUGUGUAACAGCUUUCAACUCAACUUCAAUUACACUUCUUCAACUAGAGAAUAAGAAUAUAGGCAAAAAAAGCACCCAGUGCAAGACAAGAGGCAGAACCAAUCAUCUGCCUUACAAUGAAUACUUUGACGUCUUAUUGUCAUUUGCAAAAACUGAACUGUGGUGUGCUUUUAAAGGCUGGUGGGUCUCCAAGUGUGUAUUAAUCAAAACUGCUCUCUCCUGCAAUUAGAUCAUAUAUAUAAAACAUCCAACAAAACACUGUAUAGUUCAGGGUUUUUUUUUCUAAGUCUGAUAUGUCUUGUGAUCAGAUAAGCCCAGAUCGAAACAUGUGGAGUAAAUGUAAUUCAUAUUAAUUAGGAUUAUCAAAUCCUCCCGGGCUCUCUGUUGAGUCCCUCUCCCCUCAGACUGCACACAACAGCAAGACUGACAACUGGAAUACUGAUUAAAUACACUCAAAGGGUGCAAAUGAACCAACUGAAGGACACGGUGUGCAUUUCUGUCAGUGGGUGAUUGGCUCUCGCCUCUGAUUCAUGUAUUACCUACCUGCUUCCUUGUGGUUUCACGCUGUGGCUGCAGUCAUUUUUGUCUUUGAUGAUUUGCUGUAAAACUUUUAAGAAUGUGUCUGCUUUCAUCACCUGACACGGUUUAUUUAUGAGGGAAUGUGACUGACACAAGAGACGACUCAAGAAAUACCAUUAAGAGCUUAAGUUUGUGAGUUAUCUGGGCAGCCAGCCCAAAUACCAUGUUAGCUAGCGGGGUGCUUUUACAACAUAAUCUUCCAACAAAUGUGCUAUUAUUUGAUUCCUAUUUAAGCGUUAUACCUAAAUGAGAUGAGGUUUUGGAUUCAAGCCAGCCCUCCCAUCCAACUCCAGCUCCUGCGAGGUGACCUUGUGCGUAAACAAACUGCUAAAUGCACACAUGGAGACCCUGAAUAGGAUGAGUGGACAUAGAAAAUAUAUAAGUACACAGUAUUUUCACAAACCGUGGCACUACCAGUAUGGCUAUUGACAUGUUUUGAAGGGGAUUCUAAAAUGAAAAAAAUACAUAUUUUCAUAUAUUUUAUAAGCUUAUGAAGUCUGUUUUAAUUUUUGUUAUAAAAUAUUGUGCUUUUAUAGAGCAAAAUAGUAAAUAUUCAAAUGAAAUUAUCUGGAAUGUGAGGAUAAAACUGAUAAAUUGGGGUUACAAGUUGUUAUUCUGCGCUUGCUCACCCGCUACAGUUGUAAGAAUCUUGUAUAUGAAUUGUAGACACAAUACUUCAACAAUACGCUGACUGUGAGCUUAUGCUGUGUCAUUGCUAAAUAAAAUCAAUAAAUCUACCUUAUCCAAGUUUAACAGCUCUAUUAGUUUAGAAAUCCUAAUUUUUGUUGUUAUGUAGCGGUAUGCAGGGCACCAGGACGCAACAACCGACCUGUUAGCUUCAGCUGUGGUUCAGUCAAACCACUGUGUUCAUGUAAACUAAACCAGUAACUCUGAUGUGCCACUUAAUACUGUAAUGCUGUGUCCCGCUACUCUGUUGUGUCAUUAAUCACCAGUUUGAUAUCCUCAAUAAUAAAUGUGUUUUCAAAUACA